AUGCCCAAACACCGGUUGCAUCCUGUCCUUGUGCCACCGCACUCCCCCAGGUGGCUCUCUGGUAGCCUCACGUCGGACAUGAUCUCGCCCCCUCUAUCUCCGCAAGCUGCUUUCAAUCCAAACCAAGUUACCCCGGCAGUUCUCGCCGCCCUCACAUAUGUUGCUGGCAAGCUUCUCUCCGCCUCCUCACACCUCACCUUUAUCGUGACUCGAAGUCUCCCCCUACCCAUUGGCCAGGGAUCGAAUCUUACUGCCAUUUCGAUUACACCACUGGACAGUAACAUGUCGACACUGCUCAAACGAUAUCUGAAUCGGGCUGCGAAAAAGUAUUCGCUUUCUGCGCACUGGAUGGUCCCUCUAAGCUUGGGACACUCCCGAACAUCACACUGGGAAUACACCAUUCAACGCACGCUCACGCAGAAUGACCCAUUUUUUAGCCACGAAGCGCUAACUCUUCUAAACAUCGACCAUAUGUUUUCUCUCAAACAGCAGCUCAAUGUUCUAUCCACAGAUGCCACGAGCCCCAUUCCAAACCAUGUUUAUCUGGAGUCUUGCCUGUAUCUUUUGCAACAGAUAAUGCAGGAAACCCGUGGUCGGCCUUUGACCCGCAAGUUUUUUCAUUGCACGUACGACCAUAUUCAUGUUCGCGAUGACGUCUUGCUUCAUUUGACAAGGGAACACGAAAUUAAAUUCGCCUAUAAAGCUAUUAUCAUGUUCAAACCUACUUCAAGGGGUCGGACGAGAACGAGAUAUUUUAUUACUGAUAGAGGCAGUCUAAAGAAACAACCAAGCUCGUGGCAGAAUGCCUUGACUCCUAACAGCGCUUCAGAUGUCACGCCAAUUACUAGAAACGAAUGGAAAUUAUUGGAACAGAACUUAAGGCAAAUACGACCCAGAUUUUUUCGCUGA